UUAUGGUGCACUGCAGAGAGAGGGGUGAUGAGAUGAUAGUAGGUGAUCUCUCUCAUAUUCACGUUUACGAACAGGGAGGAAGUGCACAGCUUGCAGGCGUCCAUUCUGCAACAGUCACUACCCUCAGCGAUGGCACCUUUGACCUAGACCAGCUGAUCUCCAAGAUCCGUCACGGUUACCCUGACCCACACUACCCACGCUCCCGCCUGGUUUGUGUGGAAAACACACACAAUAUUCAGGGAGGGCGCGUCCUCCCACUCUCCUUCCUGCAGGAGCUUCGCUCUGUGGCUGAUAAUUUUGGUUUGACUGUGCAUAUGGAUGGAGCGAGGGUGAUGAAUGCAGCUGUGGCUCUGGGCGUCCAACCUUCUGCUAUACUGCAGCACUGCCACUCUGUCAGUGUGUGUCUGUCCAAG